AUGUUCUACAAUGGGUGGUUUGCAACAUGGCUUGCCAUUUUUGCUUUAAUAAGGAUCUCAGUAUCCCUUCCGUCAUCUGAGGAGUACAAAGUGGCAUAUGAGCUAUUGCCGGGGUUAUCCGAGGUGGAAGACCCCUCAAAUAUUCCACAGAUGCAUGCUGGUCACAUUCCUUUACGUUCCGAAGAUGCAGAUGAACAGGAUGGCUCUGACUUGGAGUAUUUUUUUUGGAAAUUUGCAAAUAACAACUCUAAUGGCAAUGUCGAUCGUCCCUUAAUCAUAUGGUUAAACGGUGGACCCGGUUGCUCUUCUAUGGAUGGUGCUUUGGUCGAAUCCGGCCCUUUUAGGGUGAAUUCAGACGGUAAACUUUAUCUAAAUGAAGGGUCCUGGAUUUCUAAAGGCGAUCUUCUGUUUAUCGAUCAACCCACUGGUACCGGGUUUUCCGUCGAACAGAAUAAAGAUAAAAUCGACAAAAGCAAAUUUGAUGAAGACCUAGGAGAUGUCACUAAACAUUUUAUGGAUUUCCUAGAGAAUUACUUCAAGAUUUUUCCUGAGGACCUUACUAGGGAAAUUAUAAUAUCGGGCGAAAGUUAUGCUGGCCAAUAUAUACCAUUCUUUGCUAACGCAAUUUUGAAUCAUAACAAAUUCUCCAAAAUUGAUGGGGAUACUUACGACUUGAAGGCGCUAUUGAUUGGUAACGGAUGGAUUGACCCUAAUACACAGUCCCUAUCGUUCUUUCCGUUUGCUAUGGAGAACAAACUGAUUGAUAAAAGCAACCCCGAUUUUAAACGCUUAACGAAUGCACACGAGAAUUGCCAGAAUCUGGUGAACUCUGCCAGUACAGAUGAGACAACCCAUUUUUCGUAUGGGGAAUGUGAAAAUAUUCUGAACCUGCUAUUGUCUUAUACAAGAGAAUCUUCCCAAAAGGGAAAUGCGGAUUGCUUGAACAUGUAUAACUUCAAUUUAAGAGACAGCUAUCCAUCUUGUGGUAUGAACUGGCCGGAGGACAUUUCUUUUGUCCGAAAAUUCUUCAGCACGCCAGGUGUUAUUGAUUCAUUGCAUCUAGAUUCUGAUAAAAUUAAUCAUUGGGAUGAAUGUACUAUUAGCGUUGGAACUAAAUUGUCUAAUCCUGUCUCUAAACCAUCUGUCCAUUUGUUGCCCCAACUACUUGAAAGUGGUAUAGAGGUUAUCUUGUUCAAUGGUGACAAAGAUUUGAUUUGUAAUAACAAGGGCGUAUUGGACACCAUAGAGAACCUCCAAUGGGGUGGAGUAAAGGGGUUUAGCGACGACGCCAUGUCAUUCGAUUGGAUCCAUAAAUCGGAUAGUUCAGAUGACAAUGACGAAUUUAGUGGAUACGUGAAGUAUGAUAGAAAUUUGACGUUUAUUAGUGUUUAUAACGCUUCCCACAUGGUACCCUUUGAUAAAGGUUUAGUGAGUAGAGGUAUUGUUGAUAUUUAUUUGAACAAAGUCAUGAUCUCUGAUAUUGAUGGGAAAAAUGUUAUGGUUACUACUGACGACGAUAGUGAUGAGAAUACUACCACUGAAAGCGGCGAUAAGCCAGAAGAAAAUCUUCAAGAGGAAGAGCAAGAAGUGCAAAAUGAAGAAGGGAAAGAAAAAGAAGCCAAUAAUGGUGACAAUGAUAAUGAAGAUGAAGAUGAUGACGAUGACGAUGACGAUGACGACGAUGACGACGAUGACGACGAUGAAGAAGAUGAAGACGAUGAUGAUGAAAAAGAAAGUAACCAAGGCCUCGAGGAUAGCAGACACAAAUCUUUAGAAUAUGAACAAGAGGAAGAAGAAGCAGAAGAAUUUGCGGAAGAAAUUUCAAUGUACAAACACAAAGCAGUAGUAGUUACCAUCGUAACGUUUUUGAUAGUUGUUAUUGCAGUUUAUGUUUACGAUAGAAGAGUGAGAAGGAAAGCACGUCACACAAUUUUAGUCGACCCAAAUAACAGGCAGCAUGAGAGUCCCAAUAAGACUGUUUCGUGGGCAGACGAUUUGGAGAGCGGGCUUGGCAUAGAGGAUGAUUUAGCACAAGAUGAGCAGUUAGAAGGCGGAGCACCCACAAAUAGUACAUCCAAUAAAGCAGGAUCAAAAUUGAAAACGAAGAAAAAAAAGAAGUAUACUAGCCUUCCGAGCACUGAAAUUGAUGACUCCUUCGAAAUGACAGAUUUUUGA